AUGUCUGGAAGAGGAAAGGGCAGUGGGAAAGGUCGCGCCAAGGCGAAGUCUCGGUCGUCCCGGGCUGGCCUGCAGUUCCCGGUGGGCCGUGUUCACAGGCUCCUGAGAAAGGGUAACUAUGCUGAGCGUGUGGGUGCCGGAGCGCCGGUCUAUCUGGCUGCGGUGCUGGAGUAUCUGACGGCUGAAAUCCUGGAGCUGGCCGGCAACGCGGCCCGGGACAACAAGAAGACCCGCAUCAUCCCCAGGCACCUACAGCUGGCCGUGCGCAACGACGAGGAGCUCAACAAGCUGCUGGGAGGGGUGACCAUCGCUCAGGGCGGGGUGCUGCCUAAUAUCCAGGCCGUGCUGCUGCCCAAGAAAACUUCCGCUGCUGGAUCCGCUAAAAAGUAA